AUGUCUCCAAAAGGAAUUAGGUACAAGCCUUGCACACACUUUAUGUCGGCUAAGGCAGCUCCAAAGACACUUCAUCAGGUGCGCAACGUGGCGUACUUCUUUGCGGCGUGGUUGGGAGUACAGAAGGGCUACAUUGAAAAAAGUGCUAACGACCGGCUGUGGGUGGAGCAUCAGCGCAAGGUUCGACAGCAGAACGUUGAGAGGCAACAGGCACUGGACUCCAUCAAGCUGAUGCAGCAAGGCGUCAGGGCCACCACUCCAGGUCAGCUUGAAGGUGUGCCCGCAGAGCUCCAGCAGCUUGCUGAAGCUUUCACUAAGUAG